AUGCUACCAAUGGAUGUCGAUAUUCAUCCAAACAGUAGAAAUGGUGGUUCCUCUGUUUACCACGGACAACGAUUAAGUACAGAUAUACCUGAUAGUAUAAAUGUCUCAGUGGGUGAUUCGAGCAACAUCCGGUCGUCAUAUGUUGAUUCAUCUACGUCUGUAACAGGUACCAUUCGAAGUGAUAUUUGUGCAAGUGACAAUAGGAUGCUUAAUUCCCUGCAUGAACGUGUCAAUUUUUGUGAAUCUAAUAAUCUUGUAUCUCGUUGUUGUUCAUUGGGAGAUGGGUUAAUGAAUAGUGUUCAGAAUUCAUAUGUCGCGUCGUCCGCUAACAACACAAAGUCGAGUGUUGUUCAACAAUCUAAUGAUCGUCUGGCAUAUACUGCUGAACGUCAUCCUAUUAGUUCGUUCGAAGCUAUGAAUCGUUUUCGUAAAAAUAAAGAAUUAUGUGAUGUAGUGUUGCUGGUUGAUGGUCGCGAAAUUUACACACAUCGUGUUGUGCUGGCUGCCUGUUCCGCUUAUUUCAGAGCAAUGUUCACUGGAGAAUUGGCGGAAUCUCGACAAACGGAGGUAACUCUCUACGAUCUAGAUGGCGAUGCUGUAGAAACUCUCAUAGAUUUCUGUUACACUAGCCAAAUAACAGUAGAAGAAUGUAAUGUUCAAAAUCUGCUUCCAGCUGCCUGUCUCUUGCAACUUACAGAAAUCCAAGAUGUUUGCUGUGAAUUCUUAAAGCGCCAGUUGGAUCCAUCUAAUUGUCUUGGAAUUCGAGCAUUCGCAGACACACAUGCCUGCAGAGGAUUAUUGCGUGUAGCUGAUCGGUUUACACAUCUAAACUUUCUUGAAGUUGUAGAAUCUGAAGAAUUUCUUCUGUUGCCUGUUAGUCAUCUUGUAGAUAUUUUAAGUUCCGAUGAUUUAAAUAUUAAUUCAGAAGAACAAGUUUAUUAUUCUGUAAUGCGUUGGAUGCAUCAUAAUUUAUCUGAUCGUCGUCCCUAUUUAUCUUAUUUACUAGAACAUGUACGAUUACCUCUUCUUAGUCCGAAAUUUUUAGUAGGUACCGUUAGUACAGAUUUAUUAGUACGCUCAGAUGAACGUUGUCGUGAUUUAGUUGAUGAAGCUAAAGAUUAUUUAUUAUUACCUCAAGAACGUCCACUAAUGCAAGGUCCACGUACUAAACCUAGAAAAAUUUUACAAGGAGGUGAAUUAUUAUUUGCAAUUGGUGGAUGGUGUUCAGGAGAUGCGAUCGCUUCAGCUGAACAUUAUGAUCCACGUACACAUAAAUGGCAUCUUGUAGCUCCAAUGCAUAAAAGACGUUGUGGCGUAGGUGUUGGAGUUGUCUAUGAUCUUCUUUAUGCUGUUGGAGGACAUGAUGGACAUAGUUAUUUGAAUUCUGUUGAAAGAUACGAUCCACACACAAAUCAAUGGUCAUCAGAUAUUGCUUCAACUAGUACGUGUCGUACAAGUGUUGGUGUAGCUGUAUUAAAUGGUUCUAUGUAUGCUGUUGGUGGACAAGAUGGUGUGUCUUGUUUGAAUUUUGUUGAAUGCUAUGAUCCAAAUGUAAAUAAAUGGCUCAAGGUGUCCAGUAUGAUUACUCGUCGUUUAGGUGUCGGUGUUGCAGUUUUGAAUGGUCAAUUGUAUGCUGUUGGUGGUUCAGAUGGUCAACAACCUUUAUCCUCUGUGGAACAUUUUGAUCCUCGUGUUGGUACAUGGCACCAAAUAUCCUGUAUGGGAACUAAACGUAAACACUUAGGUGUGGCUGUCUAUAAUGGUUUGAUAUACGCUGUGGGUGGAAGAGAUGAGGUUACGGAAUUAUCGUCUGUAGAAUGCUUAGAUCUACGUAGUCGUACUUGGACUCCUGUUGUAGCGAUGACAUCACGACGUAGUGGAGUUGGAUUAGCUGUAGUUAAUAAUCAGUUAAUUGCAAUCGGUGGAUUCGAUGGUGCUACCUAUUUAAAAUCUGUAGAACUCUAUGAUCCAGAUGCAAAUUGUUGGUCUGUACGAGGUAGUAUGAAUUCUAGACGUUUAGGUGGUGGAGUUGGUGUUGUACGUCUAGUUAAUCCACAUUUUAAUUUGAAUAAUACAUCAUUUAUUAGUAAUAAUUCUAUUAGUAAUUGUAGUACUACAAAUCGUGGUAUUGGUCAUAUGAAUAAUAAUACUAUUGGUACAAGUUGUAAUAACAGUAUAAUUAAUGAUGAUUCACUUGGAUUAUCUAUGACUGAUUCAAUAUUUCCACCUGGUUUACCUAUUUCUACAACGAAUCAAUAUUUCCAUAAUAUUAACAACAAUAAUAAUAGUAGUAGUAGCAAUAAUAGUACUGGCAGUAAUAGUAUUUCUCAAUCAGUAAUAAGAAAUUUACCAAAUUCAACACUUCUUUCUUCUGUAUCGAGUACUAGUGGUUCAACAAUCACAGCUACAACGUCAUCAGUAGCCAAUUCUGGUCAAAUGAACAUUUCAAGUACCAGAUCAAGCAGUACUUUUUUAUUUUAG